CCGGAGCAACGUGGCUGCCCUUGCCCACAGUCAAGGCCACGCAGCAGGCAGAGGACCCUGGGCAGCAGCUGGCACUGGAGGCGCUGGAGGAGCUGGACUGGUGUCUGGACCAGCUGGAGACCCUGCAGACGCGGCACUCGGUAGGGGACAUGGCGUCCAACAAGUUUAAGCGGAUGCUGAACCGCGAGUUGACCCACCUGUCAGAAACCAGUCGGUCCGGGAACCAGGUGUCCAAGUACAUUACUCGGACCUUCCUGGACCAGCCCACCGAGGUGGAGCUGCCCAGCGUGGCCCCCGAGGACCCCCCACGGCCCAUGUCCGAAAUCAGUGGCCUGCACGGGCCUCCCGACAGCGACGGCCUCUCCAUGGCCUCCGUCCCACGCUUCGGGGUCCAGACGGACCAGGAGGGACAGCUGGCGAAGGAACUGCAGGACACGAGCAAGUGGGGGAUGGACGUGUUCAAGGUGGCGGAGUUGAGCGGAAACCGACCCCUGACGGCCACCAUGUUUAGCAUCUUUCGGGAGCGGGGCCUCAUGAAGACGUUCCAGAUUCCGGGGGACACGCUGGCCACCUACCUGAUGACGCUGGAAGGUCACUACCGCGGCGACGUGGCCUACCACAACAGCCUGCACGCCGCCGACGUAGCACAGUCCACGCACGUCCUGCUGGCCACGCCGGCCCUGGAGGCCGUGUUCACAGACCUGGAAGUCCUGGCUGCCAUCUUUGCCAGCGCCAUCCACGACGUGGACCACCCUGGGGUCUCUAACCAGUUUCUCAUCAACACCAACUCGGAGCUGGCACUCAUGUACAACGACGUCUCGGUGUUGGAGAACCAUCACCUGGCCGUGGGCUUCAAGCUGCUGCAGGGUGACAACUGCGACAUCUUCCAGAACCUGAGCGCCAAGCAGCGGCUGAGUCUCCGCAGGAUGGUGAUCGACAUGGUGCUGGCCACGGACAUGUCCAAGCACAUGGGCCUCCUCGCCGACCUCAAGACCAUGGUGGAGACUAAGAAGGUGACGAGCCUCGGAGUCCUGCUGCUGGACAACUACUCUGACCGCAUCCAGGUCUUGCAGAACCUGGUGCACUGUGCCGACCUCAGCAACCCCACCAAGCCGCUGCCCCUCUACCGCCAGUGGACCGACCGCAUCAUGGCCGAAUUCUUCCAGCAAGGUGACCGUGAGCGCGAGGCCGGCCUGGACAUCAGCCCCAUGUGUGACAAACACACGGCCUCCGUGGAGAAGUCCCAGGUGGGUUUUAUUGACUACAUUGUCCACCCUCUGUGGGAGACCUGGGCAGACCUGGUCCACCCCGAUGCCCAGGACCUGCUGGACACCCUGGAGGACAACCGAGAGUGGUACCACAGCAAGGUCCCCCGCAGCCCCUCGGACGCCUGCAGCUGUGAGCGGGGUGGCCAGGACAGGUUCCAGUUUUCCCUGACACUGGAGGAGGAGGAGGAGGAGGACAAGGAGGGGUCCCUGGACUCCCACACUUAGCCUGUCCCCUGCCCUCUCCUGGCUUUCCCACGCACGGAGGUGGACACCCACAGGGUCAGGAUCUGAGGAGAGACAGCUACCUGGCUUGGGGUCCACGGUGACCCCAGCCUUGGCUGGGGCUGGGCUGGGGACAGCUUCCCA